UCGAAGCCAGGGUGUCUGACCAAAAAUGAAAUGAAAUGGGGUUUAACGUCCUACUGUUCUGUUCCUACUGGGCUAAAGAAGACGGGCAUACCCCAUACAGUGUGCUAUGAGGGAAAUUUUGCCCUGACAGCGGCACUACGACCUACUCUUAUACCGAAUUCCAAUUGUCAAGGGAUCUUUUACGUGCACGCCUGUGUGUACACGGGACCUCAGUUUUUUUUUCUUUCCAUCCGAACGACUAGACAGCUGGCCUUGUCGGGCCCUCCGUCCUGCAUCACUGACAAGGUAGAACCACGCCGGAAAAUCUGGAUGAACUUUGUCGGCCAAUGCAGGGAUCGAACACCGCCUUACCCACUUAGCCACCGUGCCCCCUCCAUUCCGGUUGAAAGGUAGGACUCUUGAAAGGUAGGACUCUAAACAUCAUUACAUUGAUCAGUUUCGUUCGAUAUUAUACCUUAAUUGACCACACUGCCCGGUUAGCGCAGAAAGGCAGGACAGCCAUUUCAUUCCACUUAUCAGCUUUUCUUUCCACCAAAAUCAAUCGUUUACCGUAUUGAUCACACCAUAUGCUGUAAUGUUUAUGCAGACUUGGGCGACAUCUGUCUCCAGUAAAACAGAAUAAUGGACCACAAACUUCAGUAAAUUAAUAGGAUAUUAUCAGUUAUUACUAGGUGGAAGUCUACUUAAGUGUUUACAAAGAUAAUCAGAAGAAGUAGUAACAUUGUUAAAUGAUAACCAAACAAACAGGAUGAGACGCAAGUUGCAAUUGACUGUUAUGUUGCUGUUACUGUUCUUGUACAUAGUUCGUUAUUUUAUCCCUCAUAAAAGAACAAGGGAGGCUCCUGCAUCAAUAACGUUGGGUCGUGUGCAUUCUGACGCGAGAGACAGUUUAUCAGCACCAGUCAUAAAAUCAGUUUCAAGUCAAGCAAAUGAUUUGGAAACUAAUGGUAAUGAGAACAGAGGAAAAGAUAAGCUAAUAUACAAUAAAACAGUAAAACAGAACUUGGAUUUAAUAACAGUUCAACGUGAAUUUGAAUCUUUUAGAAUCCCCGAUAUCAACUGUGAAGGAAUAAUAAAAGGUGACGCCGAAGCAUUAGCAGAAUCUGUCCAAAAAAACGCCAGCGUUGUUCCUGAUAAUUACACGUUAAUGAAACACACUACAAAUUGUGAUUACUUUAGGAGACUAUAUGGUUAUGAAGCGAUUAUAAAUACUGACGAAGAAAUCAAUUUUCCUCUCGCUUUUAAUAUACUUUUAUAUAAAGAAGUAGCUCAGGUUGAAAUACUUCUUCGUGCUAUUUAUAGACCACAAAAUUACUAUUGUUUACAUGUAGAUGGGUUUUCACCAGACCAUGUUCACAGGGCAGCUAAAUCAUUAGCUGAUUGUUUUCAUAAUGUCUUCAUAGUUUCAAAAACAGAGAACGUAGUUUAUAAAAGUUUUCAGAGAUUGCAAGCCGAUUUAAAUUGUAUGGCAGAUCAUUUAGCUAAACCAGACUGGAAAUAUUUAAUUAAUCUUCCCAGUCAGGAAUUACCGAUAAAGACUAAUUUACAGAUUGUUAGAAUAUUGACAGCAAUAAACGACAGGAAUUCUAUAGAGUGUAUCACCAACUUAAAACAUAUGCUUUCUGAUCGUUUUGUUCAUAAAUAUAAAAAUAAAUACUAUGCUGACGGAGUGCAUUAUAUCGUUGUUAUGACUAAGGAUAAAAACCCCCCUUUACCUCAUGGCAUGAAGCUCAUUAAAGGGAGUGCUUAUGGUGUUUUUACGCAUCGAUUCGUAAGUUAUGUCUUCAACAAUCAAGUAGCUAAAGAUUUGUUAGAGUGGUGUCGUGGAGUUCUCUCCCCUGAUGAAUAUUACUGGUCAACAUUGAAUCAUAAUCCACAUUUACAAGUUCCUGGUAGUUAUGAAGGUCCAUGUAAAGGUGUGCUAUCAACGUACGUAAAUUGGCAGGUAACAUCUAAUCACGCCAAAUGUAAAGGCAAAGUCCUGAGAUUUAUUUGUAUUUUUGGGCCAGGGGAUUUAAAGACAAUUGUUACUAGGGAGGAAUUAUUUGCUAAUAAAUUUUUAUUAGCCUAUAGUUACACAGCUAUACAGUGCUUAUCAGAAUGGUUGCGUAAUCAAACAUUUUCCCCACAAAGAAUUGAUGAGCAGUUUUAUGAAUCUACAUUUUAAUGUGAAAUUGGUCCGGGAACAUUACGAGAACUAUUUAUUAAGAGAUAUAAACUAUAGCAUAUAUGAUUGUAUAGUGUGGUGUCUUUAGUUUUAUGAGAUAAAGAAUGUCCUAAUCGAGGGUUGAUAUAUAUGUGAAAUACCCCUUGGCCCUGCGAAUGAUAUCACAAAAUUACAUGUUAGUAACCACGUGUUCACAAAGAGAGCGAGAGAUAGAGAGAUAUAAAUAAAUGGGGUUUAACGUCCAUUCAACUUAAACUA